AUGACUUUUCCAUCUGAAAAGUUUGCACAACUCUUUCUGUAUGAUGUAAAUACAGCACGCAAAAAUGAAGCGUUGACAUUUAGAGAUGUGGCCAUAGAAUUUUCUCUAGAGGAGUGGCAAUGUCUGGACAUUGAACAGCGGAAUUUAUAUAGACAUGUGAUGUUAGAUAACUACAGAAACCUGGUCUUCCUGGAUAUUGCUGUCUCAAAGCCAGACCUGAUCACCUGUCUGGAGCAAGAAAAAGAGCCUUGGAAUGUGAGGAUGCAUGAUAUGGUAGCCAAACCCCCAGUUAUAUGUUCUCAUAUUGCCCAAGAACUUUGGCCAGAGCAAGGCAUAAAAGAUUAUUUCCAAGAAGUCAUACUGAGAAAAUAUAAAAAAUGUGGACAUGAGAAUUUACUGUUAAGAAAAGGCUGUAAAAGUGUAGAUGAGUUUAAGAUGUGCAAAAAAGGUUAUAAUAGACAUAACCAGUGUUUGGCAACUACCCAUAGCAAAAUAUUUCAAUAUGUGAAAGUCUUUCAUAAAAUUUCAAAUACAAACAGACAGAAGAUAAGCCAUACUUCAAAGAAACCUUUCAAAUGUAUAGAAUGUAGAAAAUUAUUUUGCAUUCUUUCACACUUAGCUCAAAGUAAAGAAAUUCAUACUGGAGGGAAACCCUACAAAUGUGAAGAAUGUGACAAAGCCUUUAGUGAGUCCUCAAACUGUACUACACAUAAGAUAAUUACUGAGAAAAAACCCUACAAAUGUAAAGAAUGUGGCAAAGCCUUUAACUGGUUUUCACAUUUUACUACACAUAAGAGAAUUCAUACUAGAGAAAAACCCUACCAGUGUGAGAAAUGUGGCAAAUCUUUUAACCAAUCUGCAAACCUUACUACACAUAAAAGAAUUCAUACUGGAGAGAAACCCUAUAAAUGUGAAGAAUGUGGCAGAUCCUUUAACCAGUCCUCAAACCUUACUGAACAUAAGAAUAUUCAUACUAAGGAGCAACCAUACAAAUGCGAAAAAUGUGGCAAAGCUUUUAAGUGGUCCUCAACCCUUACUAAACACAAAAUAAUUCAUACUGGAGAGAAACCCUACAAAUGUGAAGACUGUGGCAAAGCUUUUAACCGAUCCUCAAACCUUCAUAUACAUAAGAUAACUCACACUAGAGAGAAACCCUACAAAUACAAAGAAUGUGGUAAAGCUUUUAACCAGUUCCCAACUCUUACUACACAUAAGAUAAUUCGUACUGUAGAGAAAUUUUACAAAUGUGAAGAAUGUGGCAAAGCCUUUAGCCGGGUAUCACACCUUAAUACACAUAAGAGAAUUCAUACUGGAGAGAAACCCUACAAAUGUGAAGAAUGUGGCAAAGCUUUCAACCAGUCCUCAAACCUUACUACACAUAAAAGAAUUCAUACUGGAGAGAAACCCUACAAAUGUGAAGAAUGUGUCAAAGCUUUCAACCAGUCCUCAAACCUUACUACACAUAAAAGAAUUCAUACUGGAGAGAAACCCUACAAAUGUGAAGAAUGUGGCAAAGCCUUUAACCAGUCUUCACACCUUACUACACAUAAGGUAAUUCGUACUGGAGAGAAUCCCUACAAGUGUUAAGAAUGUGGCAAAGCCUUUAACAAAUCCUAUAUUCUUAACAGACAUAAGAUGGUUCAUACUAAAGAGAAACCUUUCAAAUGUAAAGAAUGUGGCAAAUCAUGUUGCAUGCUUUCGCAACUAACUCAGCAUGAAAGAAAUCAUACUAGAGUGAUUCGUUACAAAUGUAAAGAAUGUGGCAAAGCCUUUAGUAUGCCCUCAAGUCUUAAUAAUCAUAAGAGAAUUCAUACUGGAGAGAAACCCUACAAAUGCGAAGAAUGUGGCAAAGCUUAUAACUGGCCUUCAAUCAUUAGUAAACAUAAGAUAAUUCAUACUGGAAAGAAACCCUACAAAUGUGAAGAAUGUAGCAAAGCCUUUAAUGAGUCCUCAAGCCUUAAUAUUCAUAAGAGAGUUCAUACUGGAGAGAAACCCUACAAAUGUGAAGAAUGUGGCAAAGCCUUUAUUGAGUCCUCAAGCCUUAAUAAUCAUAAGAGAAUUCAUACUGGAGAGAAACCCUACAAAUGUGAAGAAUGUGGCAAAGCCUUUCGUGUGUCCUCAAUCCUUAAUAAUCAUAUGAGAAUUCAUACUGGAGAGAAACCCUAUAAAUGUGAAGAAUGUGGCAAAGCCUUUAGUGAGUCCUCAAGCCUUAAUAAUCAUAAGAGAAUUCAUACUGGAGAGAAACCCUACAAAUGUGAAGAAUGUGGCAAAGCCUUUCGUGUGUCCUCAAGCCUUAAUAGUCAUAUGAGAAUUCAUACUGGAGAGAAACCCUACAAAUGUGAAGAAUGUGACAAAGCCUUUAGUAUGUCCUCAAGCCUUAGUAAACAUAAGAGAAUUCAUACUGGAGAGAAACCCUACAAAUGUAAAGAAUGUGGCAAAGCCUUUAGUAUGUCCUCAAGCUUCAGUAAACAUAAGAGAAUUCAUACUGGAGAGAAACCCUACAAAUGUAAAGAAUGUGGCAAAGCCUUUGAUGUGUCCUCAAGCCUUAGUUAUCAUGAGAGAAUUCAUACUGGAGAGAAACCCUACAAAUGUGAAGAAUGUGACAAAGCCUUUAGUAUGUCCUCAAGCCUUAGUAAACAUAAGAGAAUUCAUACUGGAGAGAAACCCUACAAAUGUAAAGAAUGUGACAAAGCCUUUAAUGUGUCCUCAAGCCUUAAUAAUCAUAAGAGAAUUCAUACUGGAGAGAAACCCUACAAAUGUGAAGAAUGUGGCAAAGCUUUUAAAAUACGUGCACACCUUACUACACAUAAGAGAAUUCAUACUGGAGAGAAACCCUACAAAUGUGAAGAAUGUGGCAAAGCGUUUAACCGAUCCUCAUCCCUUACUUUGCAUAACAUAAAUCAUACUGGAGAAAAACCUUAUAAAUGUAAACAAUGUGGCAAAGGUUUUAGCCGAUCCUCAUCCCUUACUGAACAUAAGAUAAUUCAUACUACAGAGAAACCUUACAAAUGUGAAGAAUGUGGCAAAGCCUUUAACCGAUCCUCAUCCCUUACUGUACAUAACAGAAUUCAUACUGGAGAAAAACCUUACAAAUGUAAACAAUGUGGCAAAGGUUUUAGCCGAUCCUCAUCCCUUACUAAACAUAAGACAAUUCAUACUACAGAGAAACCCUACAAAUGUGAAGAAUGUGGUAAAGCUUUUAAAAUACGUGUAUACCUUACUACACAUAACAGAAUUCAUACUGGAGAGAAACCCUACAAAUGUGAAGAAUGUGGCAAAGCCUUUAACCGACCCUCAUCCCUUACUGUACAUAACAGAAUUCAUACUGGAGAAAAACCUUACAAAUGUAAACAAUGUGGCAAAGGUUUUAGUGAAUCCUCAUCCCUUACUAAACAUAAGAUAAUUCAUACUACAGAGAAACGCUACAAAUAUGAAGAAUGUGGCAAAGCCUUUAACAAGUCCUCAAUUCUUAACAUACAUAAGAUGAUUCAUACUAUCAAGCCUGUAAUCCCAGCACUUUGGGAGGCCGAGAUGGGCGGAUCACGAGGUCAGGAGAUCGAGACCAUCCUGGCUAACAUGGUGAAACCCCAU